CGUGGCCCAGUCGAACAGCAGUAGCGUUAAGGCAGUCUGAGAGAAUGGCUCGCGGCGCAGCACGCUGGAGCGUCCUGCUGGGCCCGCUGGUCCUCGCGCUGGCCCUAAUCGUGCCCUUCACCGCAGCCCUGUCCAAAAGGGAUCUGUAUCAGUACACGGGACCGGGUUCCCAUGUCCUCGAGACCGAUAACAACGGAAUGCUGAUAUCCGCUCAGGCUAUUCUCAAAACACCCAUCGUUUUCUACGACAAAAUCUAUAAUUCGAUAUUCAUAAAUGGAAAUGGCGUUCUCUCAUUCGCUAGGACUAUGCAAAGAUUUUUCAAUAUUGCGUUCCCUCUUGAUGACCCAGUCAUUUCGCCUCUUUAUACACACGUUGAUACGAGAGCUUCUGGAACGAUUUAUUGGAGCGAAACAGAUUCUUCUGAAAUUCUCGCUAGAGCCGGAGGACUGGUUCGAAGUGCUUUUAAGGAUGCCAUUGAUUUUGUGCCUACACAUGUUUUCUUGGCUACUUGGGUAGACGUUGGUUAUUACAAUGAGCGAAAUGAUAAGGUGAAUACUUAUCAAGUCGCUAUAUCAUCCAACGGUACGCAUUCCUUUGUUGAACUACUAUACCCGGAAAAUGGUAUACAGUGGAUUCAGGGUGAAUCGCAUCCCAACGGUCUCCCAGAUGCCAAGGCGCAGGCAGGAUUCAUGAGCGAGGGCAAAAUGUAUACCCUGAGGGGCUCGGGCACGGACCAAAUUCAGAAUGUCGACAAGUGGUCGAAUGUAAAUCGGCCUGGCCAGUGGGUGUUUCAAGUCGGUCCCAUCGAUGAAGGUGAAAAUGUGAAGACUCCCGAUAAUAUCGAAGACACGAUGACUAUGCAUCAAGCGGCCAGCUGCAGAACCGGCGCCACCACUUGCCACAGCAAAGCGACCUGCAUUGAUUACGAGAUCGGAUUCUGCUGCAGUUGCAAGCAGGGCUAUUUCGGCAAUGGGAAAUCCUGCCAACCAAACGAUGUUCCUCUUCGGGUUAUCGGUCGAAUAUCUGGAAAACUAAACGAUAUCGAAUUUCCCUCGAGAGAUCUUCAAUGCUAUGUACAAACCAAAGAUGGAAGGACAUAUACCGCCUUAUCGAGAGUACCUGAAGCAAUCGGUGCUAGUUUCCAACUUUUGGGCAAUUUGGGUGGCGUGAUUGGCUGGCUAUUCGCGAAACCUGUUAGCGAUACUGAAAAUGGAUACGAGCUUACAGGCGGCUUAUUCAAUCACACGGCGGAACUGGUCUUCCCAUCGAGCGGCGACAAAGUGACAAUACGCAGCAAUUACCUUGGAUUGGAUGUCUUCGGUCAGCUGAAAAUGGAAGCAGAGAUCACAGGUACGGUGCCACAUCUAGACAGAGACGCAAAGGUAGACUACGGCGAUUACGACGAGCUCUACACCCGCGCCCAGCCAGGAGUGAUCCUUUCCCAAAGCGAGCGUACCUGUAAAGUUUUGCGAGGCGGCGGGGACGAGCGGGAGAUUAACUUCAAGCUGGAUCAGAUAAUUAGUUAUCAGGAGUGUCCAUACGCUAUCUUCGAUCCUGAAGACGACACGACCAGGCUGAAGUUUUUCAGGGGUGUUACUGCUUACGAGAGCACCGAGGGCAUUAUUCGAUUUGCCGUCAAUACCAAAAUAACACCUCUCGAGGAAGAGGACCCCUGUAUUCAAGGACGACAAACAUGCGGUGAUCACAGCUCUUGCGUAGUCGACGGAGAUAGCUUCAAAUGUGUAUGUAACGCAGGGUAUCAGUAUCUAUACGAAGAGGAUGGCAGUGCGAUUUGCGUAGACGUGAACGAAUGCACAGCCGGUAAUCACAUGUGUUCCCCAGACGCUCAAUGUAUUAAUCAAGAAGGAAGUCACAUGUGCCAAUGUAGAACUGGUUUUACGGGAGAUGGUCGUGUCUGCGAAAGAUUGCCAUCAUGCGAAGACACACGUUGCGGAAAUUAUGAACAAUGUGCAAUGAUCGGAGGUACGCCAACGUGCAUUUGUAUACCUGGUUUCGAAGAAACGGAUCAAGGCUGUAGUGUCUCUCAGCAUGUAUCUUGUAACGAGGAGGAUAACUGUUCUCCAUACGGACUCUGCAGUUUCGACGGAAAUAGGAAAAUGCACGUAUGCAUUUGUAUGCCAGGUUACGUCGGCGAUGGGUACACGUGUUACUCCGAGUCCGAUACCACCACAACAGACGAACCGCCGCAACCGCAGUGCGUGAUUGGGAUGUGUUGGUGUCCGAGUGGUUGGGAAUUCCGCAACCAUGCCUGCGUGAAGCAAGAGGGAGAAUACACGACAGUUGACUAUCGAGACUUAUCAGCACAUCCGCUCCCCGGAUGCUUCGACGACGUCUGCAUAUGUCCCUUGGGAUACGAUUACGACCAUUUGGAACGAAUUUGCGUUCCACAGCCAGGAUACCGCCACGACACGAAGGGUCCAUCAGGAUCUAAGCUAUCUUGCAACGUGGUGAACAGGUGUCAUCCCUACGCCCAGUGCAUUUAUGUGACAAGUACCAGCAAUUAUGAGUGCCGCUGCAAUCCGGGAUACGAAGGCGAUGGUAUGGAAUGCACCAAGACAGAGGUCUCCUGCUUGGAAGUGGAUAUCUGCGACCCCAACGCGUCCUGCCAGCAUGAGGAACCAAUGGCAAAGUGCGUGUGCAAUCCAGGAUAUGAAGGCGACGGAACAACAUGCAGUCCUAUCGACGAGUGCAACGAUAAUUCUGAAUGCGAGAAGAACGAACAGUGUACCUAUCACCCUAUGACCUCGCGCUACGAGUGCACCUGUAAAUCCGGAUUCAGCGUAGACGCGGAGGAUCGAUGCGUGCUAUCCGAUUGCUCGACGAAUCUUUCUCAGUGCCACGUAAACGCGCAAUGCGUCCCGUCCGACGACGGCGGCUACAAAUGCGUCUGCAUUAAUGGUUAUCAUGGCGAUGGUAUGCGCCAGUGCGUGGAGGACCAUAUCGGCUGUAAUGUUUUGAAUAACUGCGGUCGAAACGCAGUUUGUGGAUACAAUCAAACGUCCGCGAAUUUUGCGUGUGUUUGCCAACCGGGUUACUAUGGUAAUGGUUUCACGUGUCGGCCGCAAUUCUCGUGCAGACACGAUCCAAAUCUCUGUUCUUCCGACGCAACAUGCGUGUCGACCGGUGAAAAUCAGUUCUCUUGCGUUUGCAACGAGGGUUACGUGGGCGACGGAAUAAAUUGUAAACGCCAGCCAAAGCACGACUCCAACUUUUUACUGGUGAAUCAAGGAAUGGCUACGCAUCGAAUACCAUUCAUGCCCACGCAACAGAAUCCAGGAAAUCCAAUCUAUAUAGCUUACACGCAAAUGGCAAUAGCUUUAGAUAUCGAUUGCCUUGGCGGUAAAGCUUAUUCCAGCGAUAUUACUGGCAACAGAAUAGUGGAACUAUCUUAUAACGGAUCGAUGGCAGAGACAUUUAUUCCGAAAGUUAGCAGUCCCGAGGGAUUGUCGGUCGAUUGGGUCUCGAGGAACAUCUUCUGGACCGACUCAGGUAAGACGACCGUCGAGGUUGCCAGUCUAGUGACAAAGAAACGCAAAGUCCUCGUUUCCGAUGGACUGGUCAAUCCAAGGGGAAUAGCUGUUCAUCCAUAUCGAGGAAAAAUAUUUUGGUCUGAUUGGAAUCGCGCCUCCCCCAAACUGGAAUGGGCUAACGAAGAUGGAACAGAUCGAGCAAUCUUCCUUCAGGGUGAUUACGUUAAGCUACCAAAUUCAUUAACUAUCGAUUGGGCGACGGAUGAGCUGUGCUGGGCCGAUGCCGGGACGUUCACGAUAAGUUGUAUUGAAAUAGACAGUAAGAAAGUCACUGUUGUCGCUAAUGAACUUACUUAUCCAUUCGGCUUGGCAAUUUCUCAAAAUCAUUACUAUUGGACCGAUUGGAAAACACAUAAAAUCGAAGUCGGCAUGAAGACUAAUGGCGAAAGACGCACACCAUUAUCUGUCCCGCCAGGUGGAAGUGGGAAGCUAUAUGGUAUCGUGGUCGUUCCCGAGUCAUGCCCCAGAGUGACAAAUGUGUGCCAGUAUGACAACGGAAGAUGCAACAAAAAUCAGCUUUGUCUACCGGACGGCCAAGGCGGCAGAACGUGUGCAUGCGCGGACGAUGCGGUAGGAUCUUGCACCGACUCCCAUUAUCCGUCUUAAAUCCGUCCUCGAGCUUGUACGGAAAAAAAAUCAACGCAAAGUUCCGCGUCGCGUCUGACAUUAUAGUAGAUGAUAAGAAAAUCUCGCACUGAUGCUCACAUCGAGCUAAAAUCGUAAUAACCACUAGAUCAAGUGUAAAUUAUAACAUUAUUCUUAAUAUUAAUUAACUGUCACCGACAUUCUUAAAUAACGUCUACUUUUGUAUCUAUCAGUCGCACCGCGCGGCACAAGCUAUACUGCGAUCUUAUUUAAUAAAAGUAAAGGAAACAGCGAA